UCUAGCUCAGACUGCAGGAUGACAGAGGGUGACACCAACCUCCCAACAAUCGAGAGAAAGCUUGGACUGCAGAUAUGGAGCAUAGAGAACAUGAAGAUGGUUCCUGUACCUGAGAAGGCUUAUGGGACCUUUUUUGAAGGGGACUGUUACAUAAUUCUGCAUACCAAAAGAACCUCUCGUGGCACUGCUGUGGAUCUGCAUUACUGGAUUGGCAAGGACUCCUCUCAGGAUGAGCAAGGUGCUGCGGCCAUGUACGUGACGCAGCUGGACACGGCGCUGCGGGGGAACCCCGUGCAGCACCGGGAAGUGCAGGGACAUGAGUCGGAGACCUUCCAAAGCUACUUCCGCAACGGCAUCAUCUACAAGAAGGGAGGAGUGGCUUCAGGAUUCAAGCACGUAGAGACCAAUAUGUACAACAUCAAGCGUCUGCUUCACGUCAAGGGAAAGAAGCACGUGUCAGCCACAGAGGUAGCGCUUUCCUGGGACAGUUUCAACAAGGGUGAUGUUUUCUUGCUGGACCUUGGGAAAGUGCUGAUUCAGUGGAAUGGGCCCAGCUGCAGCAUUGCUGAGAAAUCCAGGGGUCUCGCUCUGGCUCGCAGCAUCAGGGACAGCGAGAGAGGUGGCCGCGCUCAGAUCGGCAUCAUUGACAACGAGAAGGACUCCCCAGACCUCAUGCAGAUCAUGAGGAUGGUGCUGGGUGAGAGGCAUGGGGAGCUCCAAGAUGCCAUCCCGGACACCAAGGCAGACGAGCUGCAGAAAGCAAACGUCCGGCUCUACCAUGUCUAUGAAAAGGAGAAUGACCUGGUGGUACAGGAGAUAGCUACUCGGCCCCUGACACAGGAUCUGCUCCAGCAUGAGGACUGCUACAUUUUAGACCAAGGUGGUUUUAAGAUUUAUGUCUGGAGAGGAAAAGCCUCCAGCCCAGAAGAGAAAAAAGCAGCCUUCACUCGAGCUGUGGGUUUUAUCCAAGCCAAAGGCUAUCCUUCAUCCACCAAUGUUGAAGUGAUCAAUGAUGGAGCAGAAUCAGCCAUGUUUAAACAGCUCUUCCAGAGGUGGACAGAAAAGAAUGAAACUCAAGGACUGGGCAAAGUCUACACUACAGGCAAAAUUGCCAAGGUGGAGCCGGUGAAGUUUGACAUCACUCAGCUCCAUGCCAGACCAGAGCUAGCUGCUGAGCAGAGAAUGGUAGAUGAUGCCUCUGGGGAGAUACAGGUGUGGAGGAUUGAAGACUUGGAAAUGAAGCCAGUGGAUCCCAAGACAUAUGGGCAGUUCUAUGGGGGUGAUUGUUACCUGGUCCUGUACACCUACCUGAGAUCAGGCAGGCCUCACUAUAUCCUCUACAUGUGGCAGGGUCGCCACGCCUCCGUGGAUGAAAUCACUGCCUGUGCCCUCAACGCCAUCGAGCUGGACAAGCAGCACGGGGACGAGGCCGUGCAGGUGCGCGUGACGAUGGGCAAGGAGCCCACACACUUCCUGGCCAUCUUCAAGGGCAGGCUGGUCAUCUAUGAGGGUGGCACAAGCCGGGCUCAGAGCAGCACACCCGAGCCGGCGAUCCGCCUCUUCCAGGUGAGGGGCACAGAUGAGAUGAACACAAAGGCCACAGAGGUGCCAGCCAGAGCCUCCUCACUCAACUCCAAUGAUGUCUUCCUGCUGACAACCAGCCAACUCUGCUACCUGUGGUGUGGGAAGGGAUGCAGCGGAGAUGAAAGGGAGAUGGCAAAAAUGGUAGCUGAGGUCAUUUCCAAACGGGACAAGCACACCAUUUUGGAAGGACAAGAGCCAGCAGAGUUCUGGGAAGCCUUGGGAGGCAAAGCACCCUACGCCAGUGAAAAGAGGUUUCAGGAGAAGAUCACGCACUACCAGCCUCGCCUCUUCGAGUGCUCCAAUCAGACAGGUCGAUUCAUCAUGACAGAGGUGGUGGGCUUCUGCCAGGAGGACUUGGAUGAAGAUGAUGUCAUGCUGCUAGACACAUGGGAAGAGAUUUUCCUUUGGGUUGGCAAAGGCUCCAACACAUAUGAGAGGAACGAGGCAAUUGCCUCAGCUAAGGAGUACCUCAAGACCCAUCCAGCAGGGAGAGACUUGGCAACUCCAAUCAUACUGGUGAAGCAGGGAUAUGAACCCCUCAACUUCACAGGAUGGUUCAAUGCCUGGGAUCCCUACAAAUGGAGUGAUGGCAAGUCCUAUGAGGAGAUGAAGAACAGCCUAGGAGAUGUGUCAGCUAUAUCUGAGAUCAAAGUGGACCUUAACAACAUCAACCUGAACAAGACCAUCCCCAGCACACCCAGCUUGGCUGGUGUGAGUACAGUAAGUGCUUCCCCAGAGUAUAAAUCACACCUGAACCACAGCAACAGCUACAGCAACAGCAGCAACCACAACAGCAACAGCAGCCCUUCCCCCCUGCCCAACGGGGAAGGAGUUUACUCCCGAGAGGUGCUGAUCAACAAGACAGUGGAUGAACUUCCAGAAGGCGUGGAUCCCACUAAAAAGGAGUUCUAUCUCUCUGAUGCUGAUUUCCACGACAUCUUUGGGAAGUCCAAGGAUGAGUUCUACCAGAUGCCCAAAUGGAAGCAGCAGAAUGAGAAGAAGCAAUAUGGACUCUUCUGAGACCACAGGGGCCAUCCAGCAUCCAGUGACUCUGGGACCAGCCCUCGCUCUCUUAGGAGCUGCAGGGAAGAAGUACAGACA